AUGAGGACAGUCCUCUUUCUCUUUGCUGUUCUCUUCUUUCUGGCCCCAGCUAAGAAUGCAUUUUUUGAUCAGAAAUGCUACAGACUUAAUGGGAGAUGCCUGAAUUCUUGCCAGAAAAAUGAAGAACUUGUUGCUCUCUGCCAGAAGUCUCUGAAAUGCUGUCAGACUCUCCAGCCAUGCGGGGUGAAUAAAGACAAUGACUAA